AUGCCUGUUAAUGAAUCCUACGUUACCCAACUUGAAGCAAAGGUGAAAGCGCAAGAGGCGGAUAUUCAAAGGAAGGAUGAUCUCAUUCGAACAUUAACCAGCAUGGAAUUCCCCAUUGAAACAACGCGGCAUGAUGUAGAGCGGACCAGUGAAGAAUCAGGGUACAGGCGGGAAGGGCUGACUGACCCGAGGAUGAGGGUCGGAAACGUGGGCGCCGAGACCAGCGAGGUUGUCAGUGAACAUUCGAAGCAACGGGAUCGAAUUAAUGAACUCACCGAGAAGAUCGUGCAACGUGAUGUUCAACUGGCCCAAAGGAAUCGGACUCUGAGUCGUUUGGGUGAACAGUUGCAGUUAAGUCCGGGAGCAGACCAACGGAUGGGACAGCCUCAUUACAAUGCUGAAGAGGGACUUGCUCUGGAAGCACGAGUCCAUCGACUGACAGAGGAACUUGUAGACGCGCAACUUCAUAUUCGGCAGCUGGAGAAUCAGCUAUCCCAUGAGCCACAGUUGAGGGACCAUUCUACAAGGAUGCAUCAGGCGCUGGUGAAUGAAGAAUUUCAGCUCUUCAGGGAUUCCCUGGCAUCCAUACUCUCCUCGCCCUACCAUCUGUGUGAUUCCACACCGGCGGCCAUCAAAGACCAAACUCGACGUAUCGUAGCUGAGUGCAAAGAACAAAAAGAGAUAUGCGCGGACCUUGAGGCUCGAAUCGCCGAGCUCUCCACCCGACUGAGUGCAAGCAAGAUGAGAGACGAUGUGACAGAACAUCAACGAGGACAAGUAGAGCGAGAGAAUCGUGAAUUAAGAGAACAAGUCAGGCAGUUGGAACUACAACUCACAAACUCCCAGGUGGUUCGCGAUGAACAACGUGCGGACAAGGAACGGCUGUUCUUCUACUUGUGCAAGCUGGCUACGAAAAUGAAGAUUGAUCGUACGGUUGCCAGUCGAAUGCCAAUGGAUGAGUUACAAGAGGCAAUCUGUACCCGAUUGGAACAAAUAAUGAGCGGAGAGUAUCCUCUGCUCACUGAUGCUCGUGCGAAUGGUGACCGAGUGCGUGGCUUGACCCGAACAGUGCAUCGUUUACAGGAUCAGUUGUCGAGCAAAGAAAUUCAACUUGGGAUGUGGCGGGCGAAGACCACCAAAUUGGAACAACAGGUGCUCAAUCUGAGUCAACUGGAGAGUGAAAUGCAAGCCGAGAAGGAGAACAUGAAGCGCGCCACCGCAGCGAAAAGAAGAGUAGAGCUGGAAAAUGGACAGUUGCGGGACGAAGUACAUCACCUGAGAGCUGAUCUGCUCGAUCUUACGGAUUCAAAGUAUCGGUGCAGUAAGAUGGAGGAUGAUCUGGCCGAACUAAACAAAUCGAACGAUGAGUUGGAACAAAUUCGUACCAGCCAGGCUUCCAAAAUUGCUCAACUACAGGAAAUUAUUGAUAAACAGCACAAGCAGCUGCUUGAAUGCAGAGCACGUUCUACCGAGGUCAUCGAUGUGCUGAAAGAAGACUUAUCAAGUUACAGAAGGACAGUGGAUCAGCUUAGACGUUCAGAAGGAGAGUUAUUCGAAUUCCGUUCCCUGGUUGGCCGUCUUCUCGGUCUUGACAUAGACACAUUGACGGUACCAAACUAUGACAUUGUCAAUGAACUGCAAAAGUUCGUUGCUACACGAAAAUCGCCGAUGUCUGAGGAAUCUACGAUAGCGGUGAGACGCAUCACCUACUCGCCCACGAACGACGAAGUACUAGACGCGAGUGGUACAACAGCUCCAGUCACCGGUCCAAAAGGAGGGCUCGUAACGGUUCGUUCGAAAGAAGCAAAAAGCUCAACAGUUAACUAUCAGCCUGCCUCAAAGGUAAAUCCUCGUGUCGCCCUACGGUCAGAACUUGGUAAUGAUGGCAGAAGGAAACAGAGACCCCCAAAACCUAUUAAAACGGACCCCCGAAAAUACUGAGACAUCCGCAACAGUGACUCAUUUGUAACAAUCCGGAUACUCGCCUACCUCAUGUCUGUGAUAUUAUCGUCAGAUGAACACUUAUGUUCAUUUUGUACUACUUAAAUGUAGAAUAAGUACACCAGCUGAGCAACCAUGCAAGCAUUGUAUAUUUUGGAUAAAUACGAUUCCUGCGGUGCAAAUGUUGCGUUUUGAUUCCGCAGUGCUAUCUGUCUAAAGGUGAAUUACGUAGUUUAAUUUUCCAUGGUUUCCAGGGAAACAUGAAAUAAC